ACUCUGUCAGACUCUAGCUUUGUUCAUAGAGGUUAGAGAGGAUGAUGAUCCCACGUCAGUGACAGCUCGAAUCCACAUGGAUCAUAAUUCUAAUUUUCAUCUCUAGUGUGUUACCUUUUUCAUCCUUUUUAAAUCCAAGUGGGUUGUGAUUAGCUAUCAAAAUAUCCAACUCUAGCUGCUGAUACCCAUAUAAAUACCUUCACUCAAUUCACUCAAAACCAAGAAAAUUUUCUUUUCCCUUCUCUGAAUACACAUUUUUUCAGUCUCUGUUUCUUCUUCUUUUUGUACUUGUUCUGAAAUCAUCUAGAUAGAUAGAAAGGCAGAAAUGGCCAUCAAUGAAGAAUUCGAAAAUGGCGAAAAUAAAGGGACUGGAGAGCUUACAGAACCAUUCAUCUCUAGAGAGAAGGUUACUUCCUAUGAAGAAGUUGAGUCUCAUAUGAGCAGCAACAGGGGAAAGAUAGGAAUGGUUCUGCUCAGCACAGCAGUUGCUGUUUGUGGUUCUUUUGAGUUUGGAUCCUGUGUGGGUUAUUCAGCACCCACUCAAUCUGCUAUCAGGGAAGAUCUUCAGCUAUCCCUAUCUGAGUACUCUAUGUUUGGAUCCAUAUUGACAAUUGGUGCAAUGGUUGGGGCUCUAACAAGUGGUCAGAUAGCCGAUUUCAUCGGUCGGAAAGGGGCAAUGGUAUUGUCAUCCUUGUUCUGCAUUGCAGGGUGGCUUACUGUUUACUUAUCCAAGGGAGCACUUUCGCUUGACAUUGGAAGGGUAUUCACAGGAUAUGGAUGCGGAAUUUUCUCCUAUGUGGUACCAAUAUUCAUAGCUGAAAUAGCUCCCAAGAAUCUUCGUGGAGGGCUCACGACCGUGAAUCAGCUUAUGAUUGUCCUGGGAUCAUCAGUUGCCUUCCUAAUAGGAUCAAUUGUAACAUGGAGAACACUUGCUCUAACUGGGCUUAUUCCUUGUGUUCUUCUGCUCUUGGGUCUGUUCUUUGUUCCAGAGUCUCCUAGAUGGCUGGCAAAGAUGGGGCGCCAGAAAGAAUUUGAAGUUGCAAUGCGGAGGCUUCGUGGCAAGGAUGUUGAUAUCACUGAAGAAGUAACCGAAAUUCAGGACUAUAUUGAGACUCUACACGCCCUGCCAAAAGCUGGAGUGCUGGAUUUGUUUCAAAGAAAAUACAUUCGUUCACUCAUUAUUGGAGUUGGACUAAUGAUCCUCCAACAGUUUGGGGGCAUAAACGGAAUAGGAUUUUAUGUUAGUGAGACUUUCAUAGCAGCUGGUUGUUCAGGAAAGACUGGAACAAUUGCCUAUGCUUGUGUUCAGGUCCCAAUAACUUUACUGGGUGCACUCUUGAUAGAUAUAUCUGGAAGAAGACCUCUUAUUAUGAUUUCUGCAACAGGAACAUUCCUUGGAUGUUUUUUCACAGGAAUGUCGUUCUUCCUUAAGAGCCAUGAUUUGUUACUUGAAUGGGCUCCAAUGCUAGCUGUAUCCGGAGUACUGAUCUACAUAGGGUCAUUUGCUAUUGGAAUGGGACCAGUUCCUUGGGUCAUGAUGUCUGAGAUAUUUCCAAUAAAUGUGAAGGGAGCCGCCGGAAGCUUUGUCACUCUCAUAUGCUGGUUUGGUGCUUGGGCUGUUUCAUACACUUUCAACUUCUUAAUGAAUUGGAGCUCUGCAGGUACAUUUUUCUUCUACUCUGGAGUUUCUGCAAUAACUGUUCUGUUCGUCGCAAAGUUUGUACCAGAAACCAAGGAAAGAACUUUGGAAGAAAUUCAAGCAUCCAUUAACAUGUAAAUGGGGAGGGAAAAAAUAAUCAAUGGAUAACCUCCGGAUAAGAAUUCUAGAAUUUGAUUCUCAGUAUGUAUUGAAAAUGUAACAUCCAAACCAAAAUGAGAGUCUCAAAAAGGCAGCUGCGUAAUUAUAUUCAAUGGACUGCGUUCAUGAAGUAAGGGAAGACAAAGAUACAAUGAAUAGAAUAUGUAUAGUCUGUAGAAGAGAGUUUUGGAAAAUGGGGAAAACCUCAAUUCAAAUUCUUUCCCUGGACAAGGAAUUUCAAGACAAGGUUGUCCAGAUCCAUUCUCUACAUGAUCAGAUGCUACCUGCUUUAAGCAAAAGUUGGAAUGAAAUGGGUAAUCCUGAGUCUGAACAUACAUUAGCUUAGUCUUCUUUUUUUAGUGUCCAGUCCAUGCCAGCUCUCAACUCUUCUAUGUAUUAUGCUUUUCUCCAUUACAAGAAAAUAUGGUGUAAUACAAGUAUGUUGUUCACUUAUUUAUGAAGUUUACCUGGUUUCUACUGA